AUACACUCUCCCCUCUCUGUCUCUCUCUCUCUCUGUCACACUUGGUCCUGUGCAGACUUGAGGAGCCCCGGAGCUGAGAUGAUGCUGGUGGUGAUUCUGUUGGAGCUUUAGUGGUGAUUUAUUUUUUCUUCUUUUUAUUCCUCUUUGAAAACUAGACUCCGAACAAUGUUGAUGCAACAGCACCUCUUCCCUCUGCGCUGUGUCGAUCUGCCUGCCUCCUGCCUCCAAUCAGCCCAUUUUGGGGGGAUUUAAGCGACAGAGAGUGUGCUGCGCCGGCUGUGCGCUCUGCGGUUCUGGUGCGCUGCAUCUUCUUCUUCUCCUCUUUAUCUCUCCGCUGAAGGAUGCUCAGUUCUUUCCACAAUCAGGAAUAUUACAACUACCAACACUUUUGCUGCUGCUGUCCACUUCUCUGCCCCAACCAGAUCGCAGUCUGAGUCGCCCUAAAGGGAAGAAGAAGCAUGUCAGAGGCGCCCGUGUUGCACAUGGAAAUGAGCCGUCUGCUGCUGGUUCUGCUGGACUCCAGCCUCUAAACCAGACUCGUGAUUUAAUCCAUAAAUCCCAGAAAGGCUCUGAAGAAAUCGGGGAUCCUAAGAGUUCCUUUCUGACGAGCCAAAGAUUCCUGUGUCACUGUAUGUCGAGGAGCACCAGCUGCUUAACCAGCUCUAUGGUUUUCUGACUUGUCCAAGACUGCGAUUUUGGCAUCUGACUAAGAGGUGAUUAGAGAAAUCCCCCGGACCCUGUCAGAAACUCAGAAUCAGCACACUCAUACACUGAGAUGACCCAAGAACAGUGCACUCAUAGGAACAAUGUCCAGAGUUCAGAGAAACCACAAGUGUACAAAGUGGGAAUAUAUGGCUGGAGGAAACGCUGCCUUUACUUCUUCGUCCUGCUGCUGAUGAUCCUGAUCCUGAUCAACUUGGCACUAACUAUCUGGAUCCUCAAGGUCAUGAACUUCAGCAUAGACGGCAUGGGCAACCUGAGAAUAACGGAGAAGGGCCUGAAACUGGAAGGGGCCUCCGAGUUCCUCCAACCCCUCUAUGCCAAAGAAAUCCAAUCCAAACCAGGCCGCCCGCUGUUUCUGCAGUCGUCCAGAAACGUGUCGGUCAACAUUGUCAACAGCAACAACCAGCUGCUCACACAACUUGUAACAGGAUCCAGUGGAUUUAAAGCACGAGGCAAGAUGUUUGAAGUCAAAUCCACCACUGGGAAGCUCCUCUUCUCCGCCGACGAGCAGGAGGUGGUGGUGGGCGCCGAGCGGCUCCGAGUGAUGGGGGCCGAAGGAGCCGUGUUCAGCAAAUCGGUGGAGACGCCGCACGUCAGAGCCGAGCCGUUCAAAGAGCUGAGGCUGGAGUCUCCCACUCGCUCCCUACUGAUGGAGGCUCCUAAAGGCAUCCAGAUCCUGGCCGAGGCUGGAGACAUCCAGGCCAUCUGCAGGAACGAGCUGCGACUGGAGUCCAAAGACGGAGAGAUCUCUCUGGACGCUCGGAGGAUUCGCCUGAUGGGGCUGCCCGAGGGGAAGGCCUCCACCAGCUCCUCGUCCUCCGGGAACAGGCAGACUGUCUACGAGGUUUGCCUUUGCCCCAACGGGAGGCUUUUCCUGUCCCUGGCCGGCACCGGAUCCACCUGCCAGAUCAGCAACAAUGUCUGCCUCUAGGACUGAUAACAUACAAUUAUAAAUAAAAACACACAGAUACCCCUGAGAGAAAGACGGGGCAAUAAACAGACAGAUGUACACAUAUCGCCUGCCUCCAGGACUGAUCGACAGCAAACACUACAUACAAAGACUGCCAGAGCUGAUGGAAAUAUAAACAAUCUGUACCUAUACAGACACACUGACGUAUACACUUUACAAUCACAAACACUCAGACUGAUGUUUAGGCUCAGCCGAUAUGUUUUAACAAGCCAAUACAGAAAAUUUUGGAUUGAA